AUGACCAAGACAUAUACAAUAGGCUUUGUGCCGUUGGACGCAUUUGGACAUAUGAACGCCUGUAUUGGUUUGGCACAGACUCUGAAAAACUUCGGUCAUAAUUGUGUAUUCAUUGUGAACCAGACGUGGAGAGACCUCAUCAUUAGUCUCGGAUUUGAUAUUCAAGUCUAUGUGGAAGACCAUAAAGUAGGCGUCAAUGGCAUUGAAGUUUGGGUGAAAUUCAUGCGAGAACUCGGAUAUACUCUGAAACUGUCGCCGUUUGAAAAGAUCCGGGCGUUUGAGGCCCCGGGUUGGCCCACAUUCACCAAUGAUGUCAAGGGAUUCAAUGACAACAUUAAACAAAUCAUUGAUCUAAUCAAACCGGAUGCUUUAGUCACCGACACAUUUGUAUGCAUCCCGGCUGUCGUCUCGGCUGGCGUGCCGUGGAUUGACUUAAUCUCAUGUAAUCCACUAUUUUAUUGGACAGACGAUCGGUUACCUCCGGGUGGAUCAGGGUAUCCAACAAAUGGUGAUAAGAAGUUAUGGGAAGAGUUCCGCAAAGAGUCGAUAGACGCUUAUGAAUCUGAAUGGAGUCCUUAUAACGAGUGGAUUCAGUCGGUGGGCGCCCCUCCACUACAACACUCCGGCAAAUUCAGUAACCCCUCGCCAUUCCUCAACUUAUAUCUGUGUCCACAAGAACUCGAUUACAACGAUAUCGCACCAAAAGACCCGAGCAUUUGGCUGAAUAUUGAUUCCAUGAUUCGGUCGGACAUUGAAAAGCAAAGCAAUUCAUUUGAAAUUCCCGAAGAAUUGCAACAAAAACCGGGAAAAUUAAUAUACCUCUCGAUGGGAACGUUAUGUUGUUGUGAAGUAAGUCUUAUGAAGCGUUUGGUGUCAUUGCUGUCGGAAUCCAAACACAAGUUUAUAGUAUCGAAGGGACCGUUGGCUGACGAAUACGAAUUGGCCGAUAAUAUGUGGGGCGCGAAGUCGUUGCCUCAGCUCCAGGUGCUCCAAGUGGUCGACUUAGUGCUGACACACGGCGGCAAUAAUACGGUCACAGAAUCGCUAUAUUUCGGGAAACCAAUGAUCGUUUUGCCCGUAUUUACCGAUCAGUUCGAUAACGCACAGAGAAUUGUGGAGAAAGGCCUGGGAGUCCGGUUGGACCCAUUCCUCUGCUCU